AUGGACCACCCAGCACAACUCACAGCGCGAUGUAGUUCUCGAGAUCAAUCACCCCCAUUGUCGACAUCCGAACGGGCACGAGCACUGGAGAUAUCGCGAUACUUUCAAGCGGCCGGCAUCAAAGGGAGUCAUGCCGCAAAUCAGCACAACCAAGGCGUGCGCCAUCCACCGGAUUCCACUCUGAUGGCGCUCGCCCAGCUCGGCUGCUAUCGAUUGGACACUAAAUGGGCCUAUGUCUCCCUCCUCGAUUGCGACUCUCAGUUCAUCAUCAGCGAGGCUACCAAAUCCAUUUCCUUGUCGAGUCCCGGCAAGCACGACCCGGACGAUGGCCUCAUGCUCGGCUUUACGCGAAACCCACUGAGUUACGGCGUGUGUCCUGAAACCAUCGAGAUCUUCACUGCAGACGCCAACGACGACCGUGCAAUCACGACCAAGAACAUCACCGCCGACAAGACGCGGUACCUGGUCCGUGACUUCACCGCUGAUGAGGAGUUCCGCAACAAGCCAUAUGUGGUGGGCGCGCCGUACAUGCGCAGCUACGCCGAAGUCCCUUUGACGAGCUCUUCCGGCUACGUCCUGGGCUCAUAUUGUGUCGUCGACAACAAGCCUCGCGAUUUUGGCGACGCCGAAGUCACCAUUCUGGGGGAUAUCGCAGCCACCAUCAUGGACCAUCUCGACCUGAUCAAAAGCAAGUUUGAGCGGAACCGUGCAGAGAGGCUUGUCUGCGGCCUGUCAUCCUACUUGGAACAUGGCUCAAACAACCAAGCACCCCACCCCGGUUCUUUAGCAGCUGCGCCGAUCGCCACAGCACGCCCGAGACAAGUCACGGCCCCGAAAUCUGGUGCAUCGUCGUCGGCGGCAAAGUCUGACCUCGACUCUGCCGUGUCGUCUAGCGCGAUAAGAGCGACAACAAGACAAGGUUCUCAUCCUUCAACACCAGCCACGAGUCCCAUUCGAACGGAGUCGAGUACAUCUGACUACUUUUCACAGUCUGCAGAGAAGCUACCGGCGCAGGAGGAGAACCAACCAUCUCCACCAGACUUGGAAUCUCCACCAGACUUGGAACAGCCAUCUCCACCCGACGUAGGCGCUGCCGCCAAUGCCAACAACACGUUUGCGAAAGCUGGAGAGCUUCUACGGCAAGCUUUGGACCUCGAAGGCCUGGCAUUCCUCGACGCCGGCGUCCACGAUGGCACACAGAGUGGAGUCGGUCGCCAAAGACGCAGAAAUUCCGUCCAUGAGGAUGGUGGGAUAAGCUGUGGUCUGCUCAGCUACUCCGGCUCGGAUAGAGAAGAUCCAGACGAUUCAUCCAUGUCGAGUCGGUAUGCCAACUUCAGCCACAAGUUAUUGUAUCAAAUGCUCGACGAUCACCCUUUUGGCAAUGUGUUCUGCUUCGACCAGAUCGGCGAGAUUUGCACUGGCACGGGCGGUCUCGAGUCCAAGUACAUCAGACGAUCCAGCGUCAUCGCCAGAGGACUCACUGAGGACGCCACUCCUAGUGCCAGUGUUGCCGAGCAGUUAUCCGCUUAUGCGACACCCGGAAGCUCCAUCAUCUUCCUUCCGCUCUGGGACUUCCAACAGGGCAGGUGGUUUGCGGCUGCAAUAGGAUGGACUAACAAUUCCGCUCGUGUGCUGGAAAGUACUGAUCUCAGCUACUUGACGGCUUUUGGUAAUUCCAUCAUGGCAGAAGUGCUCAAUCAGCAGGCCACGGCACUGUCUGCGGCCAAGUCCGACUUCAUCGCGUCUGUAUCGCAUGAGCUACGUUCUCCUCUUCAUGGUAUCCUGGCCAGCAUCGAGCUUCUUCGAGAUACGAUGGAUGUCACUCCAGAAGCAGCCGCAAUGCUGGAUAAUGCGAAUGCGUGCGGGAGUAUGCUUCUGGACACCAUGAACCAUCUUCUUGAUUUUGCCAAAAUCAACCGCCUGACGACGAGCUCCAACACUACCACCGAUGGCAACGACAAUGCAAGACUGGCGACAGUCAACAUCAGCGGUCUGGUGGAAGAGGUAGUUGAGGGUAUGUAUUGUGGCAGUCUAGGUCAAGCGAAGCACGACGAGGGAGAGCAGCUGCAUAUUACCGACACAAAGACACUGGAGAAUGCUUCAAAGGUUGUCGUGCUCCUCGACAUCGACCCAUCGGCCAACACCAUUGUUCGGACCGAGAAGGGUGCCUGGAAACGCAUCGUCAUGAAUCUUUACGGGAACGCUUUCAAGUAUACGAGUGCAGGGCACAUCUUGGUGCAGGUCAAGCUCGUCAAAACACCCGGAGCGGAUGAGUCGGCGGACGACUUCACGCCCUACUUCACACUGCGGGUCAGCGAUACUGGCAGGGGCAUGUCUCCCGACUUCCUGAAGCACAAGCUGUUUACUCCAUUCAUGCAGGAGAACAAUCUCUCCCCUGGCACUGGUCUGGGCCUGUACAUUGUCCAGCAGCUGGCUCAAAGUCUUGAUGGCACUGUCGAAGUCGAGAGCGAGCUGAAUGUCGGAACCACUGUUUCGUUGCGCAUACCGCUUGGUGUGAAGACCCAGCUACAGUCGACCGCUCAAGAAUCUCGUGCUUCAUUGGAUCCUGAACGAAGGCUCCUGCACUCCCCGCUUGCUCUGGUGUUUCCGAACAAGGAUGGCAUUGAUCCAGAUCGAACACCUGGAGCCAGCAGCGUUCAGCCAGACAACUCGACUGCGCUCAAAACGCUGAGCAACAUCAUCGAGCAAUGGCUGGGAAUGGAGGUUCACCAUCCAGCCUCUACUACCGACAAACCACAAAUUGGCGGGCACGAACUCAGUCUCAUCAGCACCAACGGUGAUCCAGCUUUGCCGUGGACGUUGAAGUUGCAGAGGACAGCAAACGGCGCUGGACCGUCGAAUGAAGAUUCCUCUGUCGUGGAAAGGAGGCUUUGCCAUCCCUUUGGUCCUCGUAAACUGUCAAAAGCUCUGCUCCAGAUUCUGGAUCCCACUGCGUCUCCUCGGACGUCACCUGAACGAGAUCACACCAUACACGACAAUGAAACUAAAGCCGGCCGUACACUCCUUCCGAAUCGGCCACCAACACCCAAGCUCAACACAGCCAAGACAGAUUCAAAGCUCAUCAGCAAUGGGCCCAGCCAUAACAUGGAUGGUGAAUCGCGCCCUGACUCCCGCCAUGCUACAGGCCGCCAUACGCGCCGCAUCAACACCGAGCCCCAGCCCUCAUGGGAACACAACCGCUACAACCACCUUCUCCUGGUAGACGACAACCCCAUCAACCUCCGCGUGCUCGCCUCCUGCGUGAAGAAGCAAGGCUGUACCUUCAAGCAAGCGACCAACGGACAAGAAGCACUGGACAUGUACAAGGAGGCACCGCAGAGUUUUGACCUCAUCUUUAUGGAUCUAUCAAUGCCGGUGAUGGACGGCUGUACCUCCGCGCGGAUGAUUCGGGCAUUUGAGAAGGAGAUGGAGGUGGGAAGGUCGUACAUUGUUGCUCUGACUGCGCUGGGGUCGGAUGUUUCGAAGCAGCAGGCUUUUACGAGUGGGAUCGAUGCGUUUAUGACGAAGCCGAUUUCGUUGAAGGAUAUUCGGGAGUUGCUUGCUGAGUGA